AUGAUGAAAGCUCCUUACACCCGCCCUGAGACCGUUUUAAAGAGGGCUGAGGAGCUCGUUGCUGUCAAUCAGCACACAGCUGCACUCCAGUCACUUCAAGAAAUCUUCACUUCAAAGCGUUUCAGGUCAACUCCUUUAACUAGUUUAGAGCCAAUUAUGCUCAGAUUCGUUGAAUUAUGCGUAACUUUGCGUAAAACUAGAUCUGCAAAGGAUGGUUUACUUCAAUACAAGAACAUUUCACAAAACCUCAGCGUUCAAUCAAUCGAAUUGGUUUUGAAGCGCUUUUUGCAAUUAUCUGAGGACAAAGUUAUUGAAGCUAAGCGUACUGUUGACUUUUUACAUCCUGAACCUCAAGAUUCCACCGUCGCCGUUGACGAUUUGGAAGCCGCUGAGACCCCUGAGUCAAUCCUUAUGAGCGCUGUCUCCUCAGACCAAAACAGAGAUAGAACUGAGAGAGCCGUCGUCACUCCAUGGUUGAAAUACCUCUGGGAUGCUUACCGUACUGCACUUGACACUCUCCGUAACAACGCACGUCUUGAAAUUCUUUAUCAGCAAAUUGCUAAUGAGGCUUUCAAAUUCUGUCUUCAAUAUUCACGUAAGACCGAAUUUAGACGUCUUUGCGAGUUACUCAGAUCACAUGUCGCAAAUGUCUCAAAGUAUGCUCAUCAAGCUCAUUCUAUCAACCUCACUGAUACUGAAACACUUCAACGUCACUUGGAUACUCGUUUCGCUCAACUUUCAGCUGCAGUUGACUUGGAAUUAUGGCAAGAAGCUUUCAGAUCAGUUGAAGAUAUUCACAACUUACUUGUUAUGGCUAAGAAAGCUCCAAAGUCAGCAAUAAUGGCAGAAUAUUACGAGAAGUUAACUAGAAUUUUCUUGGUUGCUGACAACCGUCUGUUCCAUGCUGCUGCUUUUUCACGUUACUACGGAUUAGCUCAAUUCACAGUUGCAGACGAUGCUCAACAUGAGAAGCUUUCAGAUUACGUCCUUCUCUCAGCUCUCGCUGUUCCAGUUCAUAGUUCAUCAACUGAGGAUGCAGUACGUGCUAACCAAAAGUUGUCAUCAAUCUUGAGUCUUCAGAAGGUUCCAACUAGAGGUUCACUCCUUAAGGAUGCUAUUACAAAAGGUGUACUUAAGCGUGCUUCAGCUGAUGUUCGUAUGCUUUACCAACUUCUGGAAGCUGACUUCCAUCCACUCAACGUUUGCGAAGCUAUUGCACCAGUAAUAGCCUCAAUCAGCAAGAACGAAGACACAAAAAAAUAUGUUGAACCAUUACAAAAUGUCGUUCUCACUAGAGUGUUCGAACAACUUGCUCAACUUUAUGAUAACGUUGAAAUUACAUACGUUCUCAACCUCGUUAAGCCACUUGGUAGAAACUCUGAAAAGGAAGUUGAGAAAUUCGUUAUUGGCUCAUGCGCAAUUGGUGGUCUUAAAGUUCGUAUCGAUCAUGUCAAAAAGAGCAUCGCUUUCCAAGAGGACAUUUUCGCACACUCAAAGGCUAAUGAAGUUGCAACUGAAGAAUCAUCAAAACUUCAACCAACUCCUGCUGACUUGGUUCGCUAUCAAUACGCUCGCUUAAGUGAUGUGCUUCAACAGACAAUCUACACGAUUGAUAAGCCGUCAAUUGAGAAAGCACAGAAGCAACAAGAAGAUGCAUUUGCGUAUGCUUUGGCUAACAUGGAAGAAGAGCGUAAGCAUUACUUGUACAGACGUGCUAUUGUGACUAGACGUCGUGAAUUGGCUGAAGAGGACUCUGCACGUCGCGAGAAAGAAGACAGUGAGGCUAGAGCACAACGUGCUAAACUCGCCGCUGCUGAACAGACCAAGCGUGAGCAAGAAGAGGGUAUCCGUAAGGAACAAGAACGUAUACGUCGUGAAAUGGAGCAAAUCCGUAUUGAUGAGGCUAAGAAACUUGCUCAAAACUUGGCCGAGAAGUCUGGCUUAAAGGUUGAUGUAAAUAAUGUCGAUGAACUUGACACAAAUAAACUUGUCGCUCUUCAAGUCGAGCACCACAAGAAGGAACAAGAUCAAAUGUCAGAGAAAUUAAGAGUCAUGUUCAAGCGUAUGGAUCAUCUCGAAAGAGCCUUCAGACGUGAAGAAAAGCCUCUUCUCGCGAAAGACUUCGAAGAUCAACAAAAGAAUGAUAAAGCAAUGUACGAUACUAAAGUUAAAGAGACUAACAGGUUAGCAAAGGAGACAUUCGAUCAAACUUUGGCAAAUAAGCAACGUCUCCAAAGAAUCGGACCAUCGUAUCAAUCGUACAAAUCUGAAUUGGAAGCUAAAUUUAGCAACCAACGUAAGGAGGCUCAACGUAAGGCUGAUGAGGCAAUCCAAAAGGAGAUCUCUGAACGUCGUGAGAAGGUAGCUGAACAAAAGAGACUCGAGAAGGAACAUGAAGAGGCUCAAAAGGCAGUCGCUCAAGCUCAAGAAGCUGAGCGUGCACAAGCCGAAGAAAAUGAACGCAAGAAGCGUGAAGCACUAAUGGCAGAUAAGGAGCGUAGCGAACUUGAAGCUUCACAACGUAGAGCUGAGAGAGAAGAAGAGCGUAGGAAGACUGAAGAAUUUGCCAGAAAGCAAGCAGAACGUGAAGAGGCGGCUAUGAAGAAGCAACGCGAGACAACAUUCCAGAAGACAGGCAGUGUCUGGGGAAGCGGUGCUCGUCCAACUCCAUCUGGCGGAUCAACUGGCUCAGCUCCACAGCCUGGUGGUUGGUUAGCUGCUAGACGUCAAGCUAUGGCAGAAGGUAAGAUCCCAACGAGGCCAUCAGGAGCUGCACCACCACCAAAUCCUAAUUCAAGACCACCACCUGGUAGAGGUGGUGACGAGAAGCCAAGUGCAUUCGGAAAUAUGAGGAGAACUGGUAGCAACACACCACCAAGUUCAGCGCCACCUCCAAACCCACAAAGAAGAUGGUAA